CCCCGGGGUUUCCUCUCACUCCGCUCUGCACAAGCCUCACUCCACAUGUCUGCCUGCUGCUCUUAUCAACUCAUCCUAGAAGGGCACAGAAGUGAUUGAUUGGGGGGGACCAAAGCGGUGAACUGUGGGCACAGGCGAGGAGGAGCAACCUCCAGCGGGGGCUGCAUCCCAGCGCUCCAAGAGGAUUGUUUUUGCUUUUCCGCAUCUGACAGCUCCGGACUCAGGGGAAAGACUGCACGCUUCCAGUUUGAGAUUUGGACAGUGAGAAAGCCCAGCCCUCAUUCAGACGGCACAUGGCAGCAGAGCACUCGCUUCCAGCGCAGGUUAACUAGGUCUGAGCUCUCAAGAACGCCCCACAGCACUCUAGGUUUGCUGGGUUACCGCAGGAGCUAAAAUGCAGCUGACUGUUUACUUCUUUUUGGGCUGCGGUAUUUUCUUAGCUUCGGGAUAUAACUCCUUUAGUAAGAGCAUGGAGGCGAUAGGCAAGAAGCAGUACCAAGUUCAGCACGGGUCAUGCAGCUAUACCUUCCUUUUGCCGGAGACAGACAACUGCCGGUCGUCUUCUUACGUGUCCAAUGCAGUGCAAAGGGAUGCACCUUUAGAUUACGAUGAUUCAGUUCAAAGACUGCAGCUACUUGAAAACAUUAUGGAAAACAACACUCAGUGGCUAAUGAAGCUUGAGAAUUACAUCCAAGACAGUAUGAAGAAAGAAAUGGUAGAGAUCCAGCAAACUGCAGUGCAGAACCAGACUGCAGUAAUGAUUGAAAUAGGCACAAACUUACUAAAUCAAACAGCUGAACAGACCCGCAAAUUAACAGAUGUUGAAGCACAAGUAUUAAACCAGACAACCAGACUUGAACUUCAGCUUUUGGAACACUCUCUUUCAACAAACAAACUAGAAAGACAGAUUUCAGAUCAGACCAAUGAGAUAACUAAAUUACAAGAAAAAAACAGCUUUCUAGAAAAAAGAGUUCUUGAGAUGGAAGACAAGCACACACUUCAGCUGAAGUCAAUAAAAGACGAAAAAGAUCAGCUUCAAGUCCUAGUAGACAAACAGAAUUCUAUUAUAGAAGAACUAGAAAAGCAGUUAGUUACAGCAACAGUAAACAACUCAGUUCUGCAAAAACAGCAACAUGAUCUGAUGGAGACUGUUCAUAACUUGCUUACUAUGAUAUCUACACCAAACUCUAAGAACAACUUCAUAGCUAAAGAGGAGCAAAUCAGCUUCAAAGACUGUGCUGAAGCUUUCAAAUCUGGACUGACAACAAGUGGCAUCUACACUUUAACAGUUCCUAACACUGCACAAGAGAAGAAGGCCUACUGUGACAUGGAAACUGGUGGAGGAGGCUGGACCGUUAUUCAGAGACGUGAAGAUGGCAGCGUGGACUUUCACCGGACAUGGAAAGAGUACAAGAUGGGAUUUGGUGAUCCUGCUGGGGAGUACUGGCUGGGAAAUGAGUUUGUUUCUCAACUGACUAAUCAGAAGCGAUACGUUCUUAAAAUACAACUGAAAGACUGGGAAGGAAAUGAGGCAUAUUCAUUAUACGACCAAUUUUCUCUAGCAAAUGAAGAAUUAAAAUACAGGAUCUACCUUAAAGGACUUACUGGGACAGCGGGCAAAAUAAGUAGUAUAAGCCAACCAGGAAAUGAUUUUAGCACAAAGGAUGCAGACAAUGACAAAUGUAUUUGCAAAUGUUCACAAAUGCUAACAGGAGGAUGGUGGUUUGAUGCAUGCGGUCCUUCUAACCUCAACGGAAUGUAUUAUCCAUUACGACAGAACAACAACAAGUUCAACGGUAUCAAGUGGUACUACUGGAAAGGUUCAGGAUAUUCUCUCAAAGCCACGACUAUGAUGAUUCGACCAGCAGAUUUCUAAAUGCUUUCCCAUUAUGUGAAUUAUGUAUUGUAUAGCCUUCAAAGACUUCAUUUGCUGAGCAUAUAAACACAGAUCUGCAACUUGUCUCAUCUUCAAGCCCAGAAAACAUGUGCUAGUGUUCUGAAGGGAUCACUUCAGUACAACUUCUGAAUUGCAAUAGCUUUGAUCAACUAAACAAUUAAAUAUUAUUGAACCAGACGCAAAGUCUAAAGCAUCAACAUGAUAUAACAGUGAUUUGGCCAAAAACUGAACAAAAAGACCAUCCAAGAAACUGUCAGACCACUUAAGGACUCCGUUUUACCGAUCAUUUACGUUACGUGUGUGUUAGUAAAUAACUGGAACUGUGAAAAAUACGUAAAAUAGUUUUAGAAAUAUGCCUUUUGCCUCAUCACUGAAC